AUGGAUGCCACGCAACCACAGCCCGCGGCCGGCUCUCUCAGCUGGCGCCUCAGCGCGCAUCCCAUCACGCUCCUGACGUUUCUCGCUUUCCGGAUAGCGAGCAUCCUGGUCUACUUUCUAGGUGGUCUCUUGUUGACAGAUAGCAUGAUCAUGAUCUUCAUCAUCACCAUCCUCCUCCUCGCCGCCGACUUCUACUACAUCAAGAACAUUGCGGGCCGCCGCCUCGUCGGCCUCCGGUGGUGGAACGAGGUCGACCCCCAGACGGGAGACUCGCAGUGGGUGUUUGAGAGCAGCGAGCCCGGCACAAAGGUGGUCAACGCCACCGACAGCCGCUUCUUCUGGCUCGCCCUGUACCUGCAGCCCAUGCUCUGGGUCAUCAUGGCCAUCCUGGCGCUUGUGUCGCUGUCCUUUAUGUGGCUGCCGCUCGUCAUCAUCGCUCUUGUCCUGACCAUCAUGAACACCCUCGCCUUCUCCCGCUGCGACAAGUUCAGCAACGCCUCCAACCUCGCCGGCAGCGCCUUUGGCACCAGCAACCUGGCAGGCAGCAUCGCGACCAACAUGGUUAGCAACUGGUUCUCGCGCAGCUGA